AAACCCUGGAUUCAAACCUCGAUUGGGUUUUUGUUUUGUUUUGCUUCGUUUUGCUUUAAGAAGAUGAACAAUGAGACCACAACACUGAUAUCCUUGAAGGAGGCAAUGAAAAGAGUAGAAGACAAACUCCAAGCUUUAGAAGCACAAUUCAAAGAACUGGACUUCGCCACAGACAAACUUACACAGAAAUUUGAAUAUCAUAGCAAGACUUUGGCAAGCCAGGCAGCCCAAGAUGAGCUGUGGGCAGCAGUUCUGGCCCUCAAGUUCACACCAAUGGAAUUGAAUAUUUUAUACAGCUAUGUCAUUGACGUACUCAUCUGCUUGCACACUCGUGUACUUGAGAAGCUGCCAGACCUGGUGAGAGGUCUUCCCACCUUAGCCUCUGUCCUGAGACGGAAAGUCAAGAAUGAGCGCAUCGGAGUUGUGUGGGAGUCUGUCCUGGAAGAGUUUGGACUACAGGAAGGAGAUAUCACAGCACUCUGUACCUUCUUUAUUGCACACGGUAACAAGGCAGAGCACUACUCUGCUAAAGUGAGACAGAUGUACAUCAGGGAUGUCACUUUCCUGAUCACUAACAUGGUAAAGAACCAGGCUCUGCAGGAGGGUUUGCUGAGGGCUGUUCAGGUAAUUGAGAAGGGGAAAACAGUCAGGGCCUCCAAAGAGCAAAAGUCAUCCCUAAAAGAGUUGAUACCAUCAGUUAAAAACUAACUUGGUACCCUAUCACCUAGGAAAUCCACUUUUAGUAGUUUAUCUCCCAAAUGGGAGAAAAAAAUGUAUGUGUAAAUUUAUUCAUUAGAGAUUUACUUUUACAA